AUGUCCGACUCUUUCCGACAACCACUCAUCACCGCUGGGGUCACCACCCGCCUUUCGCUUCCCUCUGCCUCUCUGUUUCCUUCUCCCAUCCUCACUAUCCAUCUUGAACCAUCAAUCGCGGGAUCAUUCCCCCAGGUCUCUCUGUCAUACUGGCUCCAUGGGACAGCUUCCCCAGAUAGACCUGCGCACUGGACGCAGAUGGAGAAAAAGCCCCCUCCUGCAAGCAUGGCGACUUAA